AAUUAACGCAUAACCAUGGCGGUUACUCUUGUAAAAAGCGCGCCUUCUAGUCGAAAAACGUCCGCAUAUUAUUCGACUUCCAGUGAUAAAUCUAAUGGAUUUACCAGACAAUCAAGCGCUUCGGAACAAUUAGACCAAUCGAGACGAAGUCUCUCUUUCGGCCGCGUGGCCACACUUGCCGCGAGUCAGUGUACAGACUUGGCUGCUUUCAGGCGUCUGUUGGACGAAGAGCAAUUAAGCAGAAUGAUGAAACAACCGCAGCAGCAACAGAUGGGCGGGGGUCCUGCUCUGUCGAUGAGGGGGGCUAUGCCGCCUAUGCAGCAUACAUUACCGAUGACUCAUAGGUCCCAAUACGGGGGUGCCUCAAAAGGAAGACUGGGCGCUUACAGUGCAGUGGGUGGGGGAUCAUUCGCGCCCUCUCUCUCCUCAUCUUCGUUUUUCACCCGACACAACCCCCACCCGAAUAGAGUGAGACACAUGCAGGGCUUGUUGAAUGUCCCCAUCUGCCAUGUGUCGGAUGAUGGGUUCCAGCCACCACAGAGACCCCUAAUGACUCCCGAAAGAAGGUAA